CUUCCGCUCUCCCGGCCUGUGGCGUCGUGAGGAGAGCGGAGCCGGGAGUUCGGGAAUUCGCCGCAAAGAUGGUGUCGCUGCUGCCGCGCAUCGAGCAGCUCUCGUCGCGGGUGGUGCGGGUGCUGGGCUGCAACCCGGGGCCCAUGACCCUGCAGGGCACCAACACCUACCUGGUGGGCACCGGGCACAGAAGAGUCCUUAUUGACACCGGGGAGCCAGCUAUUCCUGAAUAUAUCAGCUGUUUAAAGCAGGCACUGUCAGAGUUCAACAUCGCAAUUCAAGAAAUUUUAGUGACACACUGGCAUCGUGAUCAUACUGGUGGAAUACCGGAUAUCUGCAAAAACAUCCCAAAUGACUCAGAUUAUCGUGUAUGUAAGCUCCCUCGUGUCCCUCACCGUGAAGAAACAAUAGAAGGAGGACAUAAAUAUUUUUAUCUUGAGGAUGGAGAUGUGGUACAGACAGAGGGAGCCACACUCAGAGUUUUAUAUACACCAGGACACACUGAUGAUCAUAUGAUUUUACAUCUAGAAGAGGAAAAUGCGGUAUUUUCUGGUGACUGUAUUUUAGGGGAAGGAACAACAGUAAUAGAAGACCUGUCUGAUUACAUGAAAACUUUGAAAAAGUUGUUAGAAAUGAAACCAGAUUUGAUUUAUCCAGGUCAUGGCCCAGUAGUACGUGAUGCAAAUACUAGAAUCCAAAACUACAUUUCUCACCGACUUGCACGUGAACAGCAAAUUCUAAAUGUUUUCCAGAAGAAUACUGGGAAAUCAUACACAUCCUCGGAGCUUGUGAAUAUAGUAUACAAGGAAAUCCCUGAAAAUUUACUCCCAGCAGCAGAACAUAACCUCCUAGUCCACUUGAAGAAGCUGGAAAAAGAUGGAAAAGUGUCACGUGAUGAAACUCCCAGAUUCAAAUGGAAAAACAAUUUAUAAGUUAGGCAAGGUUGCUCAGGAAUGUAUUUAAUCUGCAUUGUUGCUGUAUGAAAUAUCAUAACAAUGAGCUGGGACUGUAUGUAAAAUUAAAACUAAUUUUUACUUUAUUUUGGUUUUAGUGGUAACAAUUUUAAAGCAAUGUUACAGUAAGUUGACUAAUAUUUUUCACAUUCUACUUUGUUGGAAUUUUAAAUUACCCUGGUAGGUACUGAGAUAAUAAAAUUGAAUGAGUGUGAAGAAUUGAAUCCUACCUUUAUUAUGAAAUGCUAUCAUUGGUGGCAAAAGACAAAUAGCAAGGUCUUAUAAACUUAUAAACAUUAUAAUAUCUUAAAGCACUAUUAUAAACUUAGUCACGUAAAAGAAAUCUCUAGCAAAAUAAAACAACCAGAAAAUAUGUCAAUCUAAACCUGAUUUCACCUGCUUGUGCUUCUGAAAAAGUAAUUUUCUAAUAAGUUAUCUGUACAUUCCAAAAAAACAAGUUAUUUUUGCUAACACGUGUAAAUACUGGGGUUUAUGUUCCUUUUCUAAUUCAGCUGUGUUCAUCAUCACUGGUUGCUCAGUGCAAUAGGUUUUAAUUUCAGUAAUCAAAUUACUUAAAUAAUUAAUCUCGGGGUUCUGGUUUUUUUGAUGAAAACACCACUUCUAUGGAAUUCAUUCAAAGGAUUCAUUAAUCUUAACUAACGAGCAUCAAAAAAUUGCAGAGUUGGAGCAGAUUCUUAAAUUCUUUAUAAGAUUCUGCAAGAAUGUGCUUAAAAAGAUGUAUAAAUUGAGAUAUGUAUUACACACUAUAUAAAGUUAACCUUGUCUGUGACAUGAUGACUAGCAUUCUUCAAUCCACUUAAAGUAGAAAUAGUUUAACUAAAAGGUUGUAUUUGGUUGUAAGAUACUGUACAGUGUAUUAAAGUAUGUUUGGAGAUGAAUUUAACUUUAAAGUUCAGUUCUCUGUGAACCUUACAUUUGCAAAAUAGUAUAUAAAUAUUUGCAUUACUUAGUGUAUUCAAAGUGUGUGACAUUUGAUGAUAUAUACAUUUCUUAUAUUACUACUUAGCCUUAAAAAACAAAAGCAGAUCUGAGAUGUUUGAAAAUAUCAAGGACAAAUAUACAUCCUUGCAAAUCUUUCACCAUUCAAUCCUGUACCCUCAUUUGUGAAACAUGCAUAUAUGUUUUGGUAUUUAAGACAUGUCUUAAUAAUUGACAUUAUUUUGUGAAGCUGAUGGCAUUUGUUUUGAUCAGCUGAGACAAGUCCAAAAAAAAAUACUCACAGGAAUAGCAACCCAAAACAAAUUCAUAUUCUGAAGUAGUAGGCAGACCCCUGGAGAAGGGAAAUAAUUACUUUCUGCUAAAAUGAUGCUUCUUGCAAACUUCAUUGUUCUGAAAUUUGGCCCCAUGAUGACACAUGCUCACUUUUAAUGUUUUCUGAAGUGCCAUCUUGAGGUCGUUCUCAGGUCUCCUGCGUUUCCUUCCUAUUGUAUUUUCUAUUUACUUAUAUUUUUCCAGGUACUUUUUAUCCCUUCCUCCCACAAACUUUUUUUUCUUCAAUUCCUUUUGGAAUAAUUACUCAGUUUUCAAAUGGACUUAUUUACAUUAAUAAUUAGCUUUCCUAUAGCUGUUACAUGAAUUUAUAGCUACGUUUUCCUUGUUAGGCAUAAAAAUAUAAUUAUCACUGUUUCUUUGAGAAAGAUAAAAAGAUAGUUUACAUGCUCUGAAUGGUGUCAUUCUGCUUCAAGGAAAUAGAAGUAUCAGUGAAAUUACAGUUUUUUUGUCCUGAGGUCUAAGAACUUAAGACAGCAGGAAACUAGUGUGAGGAGGUGGUGUCUCAUUACCUUUCUGAGAUAAAGAAGUCUAAUCUCACUUAACAAUUUUCUUCUGUUUUACUAUAAAUUUUGAAAUACGUGGAAAUGGCUUUAGAAUGCACUUAAAGAAUUGUUGGAACCUGCAUGCAGUGAAGAAAACAAGAGGAUACAAAUAGAAAACUCCAUGCUGCAGUAAAUGCCUGACAUCUUCAAAAAAAAAAAAAAAA